AUGACAGCCUCUGUUACAUCAGAUGACCCUGAAGAUACUGAAGCCGACAUUACUUCACAUGGACUCACGCAAAAUGAGGAUCUUUUCGUAAAUCAAGGCUUGCUGAAGAAGAGAGACCGAUUUAAGAAACAGAUGGGCCCAAGGUCAAGUUACUACGCACUUCCUUCUCAUAAUAGUAAAGGUUUAUUUAGUCGCAACAUUCAAAAUUCAAAAAUUCGUGGGUUAAAUGAUUUGAAGGAUCCUUUGAGACAAGCCCCUUUUUCUGUUACAGUAUCGGCUCUUGAAGCAUUACAUCGGCUCUUUCCAGAGUUUAUGUUCAUACAUCCUACGUCUCUAAUUUAUGAAGAGUAUCUUGAUCCUUGUUUGAGAAAUUCCAUCAUGGCAGUCAUUUGUUUCUUUGCGCCGCAUUCACUUGAGACUUGGAUCGAUCCAAGCUCUGAAAUGGUGAAGGAAGACUAUUGCUACAAUUAUGCUAUACAAAAUCUAAUCCGACCUCAGCUGAUGUUACGUGAUCCUACCAUUGAAAAGGUUCAGUGCCUAUUGAUGCUAUCUUUAUAUGACUGGUCUCGGUGUCGCUAUUAUAGCAGUUGGAUGCUUCAUGGUAUGGCGAGUAGAAUUCUACAAGAAUUUUCGCAUGUCGUAAAGUGUCCUAUUAGUGCUAUUGAUAGUUCCUCAGAAAAUCAAGCCAAUAAAACAUCACUUUUAUAUCGGGAAAAGUUGGUAAGAACAUAUUGGUCUUGUUUCAUGCUAGAUCGUGUUCUUGCUUCCGGGAGAAAUAGAUGUUCAGCAUUUGUGCAUCAGGAAUUCGAGCGCAUAAUGUUACCGUGUGAUGAUACGGAUUUCAUCUACAUGACAGAGUUCGCAGUUGAAUCGGUGCAUCUUAAUAUAAUAACCCUUGGCAAUUAUUUACAAAUCAAAGGUCUUCCGUCACAAAAUAGAAGUCCCAGUUAUUUAGUAAGAAUUUUUGAGCUUUGGGGAGACAUUUCAGAUUUCAUUCUUCAGGGAGGUAGAACAAAAUUUCUUAUACCUCCCUGGGAACCUAGUUCAUUUUUCGCACAAAGUAAAGCUAAAUUAAAAGAGUGGUAUCACUGCCUACCUACUCGAUGGAGAUGGUCUUCAGAUAACUUGAAAGCACAUCGUGCUUUUAACACAGACGUUUCCUUUAUUAUGAUUAAUUCGAUUUUUAAUCUUUGCCUCAUUUAUAUUCAUCGGGAGUAUACCCCUUUUCUUCCGCAUUCGAAUGACUAUCCAGUCGGUCCAACUGAAGAGCCACUUUUGCCACUGCCACCCAGCAAGGACUUUUGGAUCACUUCUGCUAUUGAAUUAUUUUCUAGCACAAGAACACUUUCAUCGAUAUUGAUUGAAGCUUCAGAAUAUGACCAAGCGAGAAAUGUAACUACUAUUGUGUCCCCAAUUUUGCUAUUUUGCGUCUUUUCUGCUUGUGCAACGGCUAUCUAUGGUUCGACAUUUCAUUGGAUGGACCCUCAACAUGACAGCUAUCUGGGAAUUAACUCCUUGACUACGUCGGCUGUAAAAUUACUUGAGUGCUUGAAAUCAAUGCAAGACACGCUGGAUAUCACUUCCUAUUGGUAUAGUAUCGCAAGGCAGUUGGUAGAUUUAUAUACAUUGGUUGCUGACGACAGAAAAAGAGCUAGCGAAUUAAAAUUAGGCAAAUUUACUUUUAGAGAAUUGGAAGACUCGAUCCAAAUUGUUAAUUUAGGAGCAGAACGGAAACUUAUCGAAGAGAACUCUGAAGCCCUGCUUCACUUCGAUAAGGGACAGGCUCAAUAUGAUUGUUCUGGUAUAGAACUUAAUUCUAAUGCGGUGCACAAUAACGACCGUAUUAUGUCAUGCAGUCACGAUUCAACCAGAUCUAAUGAGGAGGGCAGGUCUCAAAACCACAAUGAUUUCAUGUUUCCUUCCCCACGGCUACAUAAUUUCAUGAUAGGAAAUGAACUGGUUACGCAAGAGUAUUUAUUAAGGCUUAUUCAUGAUUUGAAGGAGUAA